AUGGAAAAUAUCAACCACAAACAAGACGUCCUUCUGAGAUUGUCUCAAUGCAGAAAGUACAGUAACGACGAUCUGCUCCAAAUUAGACGGGAUCAGCAAAAGAAGAAUCGAGCCGCUAUCACAAAGCUAGAGAGCAUGAUCGAGUUUCUCACUAUCAUUAGACCAGACCCCUACAUUUCACCCAAUUUCCCCGACGGUACAUCCGAGGCUGCUCUCUCACUGGACUGGCUUCUCAGGAUUUUAUCGUCACCGAUUCCUGGGCCACCUGCAAGCAAUGGGAAGGUGCUCGAUCUUGAAUUUCUAGAAAUGCGGGAUGACGACCUGCAUACUGUCCUGUCUUCAGCAGCAACCAUUCACCCAAGAUCCCAAAGCCAGGUGAAUGCCACGGAUAGUGCAUCGCCUCUAUCCCUCUUGUGUGCCAGACUUGGCCUGGCAUUGGCAAAGAUGGAGCCAGAAAACGUCUUUGUCCACUUUUACUGCGGUAUACAUGUUGACUCGGGCUGCGACAACUGGUCUGGGCCGGGCGGUAUGAUUCGCUCCAUUCUGGUUCAAAUCAUUGCUGCUUUAGUCGCCAAGGAUAUUAUCGGGACAGGUCAUUUGUACCGGACAAGGUUGGUCAGACAUCUUGAGAAUCACGACCCUGGGGCUCUCUGCAAUCUAAUCUACUACCUUGUCCGACUGCUUGAUCCCGGUGAAACCAUCUAUUGUUUUAUUGACGGUGUUUCGAGGUUCGACGUCGAUUCCAAUGGUACUUUUGGCUUACUUCGGAAGAUUAUUGAGCACAUUGAGGUCAUUGUUAAAGAUUGCUACCUAAAACCUAAGCUGAAGGUUCUUAUGACUGCACCUUCUGAAACUUCUGACAGGCUGAGUAGGAUCAUUGAGGACCAGUUUUAUGUUUCGGCGUCUCCCCAUGCUGCCGGGGGUAGAUAG